CCAAGCAAAAACAAACCGCUCAAUUGAAAUAUUAUUUAUUAUUCCCCAAAAUUAUGGAUAAAGACAACCAAACAGCAGACAAAGAGGAUGAAGCAGACAUCCCGGCACCCACCACAGCCGCCUCGGGCCAAAUCAAGGCCAUUGCCAAGGAUACAGUGCACAAAAUCUGCUCGGGACAGGUGGUGCUCAGCUUGGCGGUGGCUGUCAAGGAGCUGGUGGAGAACUCCAUAGAUGCGGGCGCCACUCUGGUGGAGAUUAAGCUGAAGGAUCAAGGUCUGCAGGGCGUGGAAGUCAGCGACAAUGGCAGCGGCGUGGAGGAGGCCAAUCUGGAGGGCAUGACUGCCAAGUACCACACCUCGAAGAUUCGGGAGUUUGUGGACCUGCUGGGCGUGGAAACCUUUGGUUUUCGAGGCGAAGCUCUCAGUUCCCUCUGCGCCUUGUCGGACAUGGUCAUCCAAACGCGUCACAAGUCCACGGAAGUGGGCAUCAAGGUGGAGCUUGACCACGAGGGAAAGUUCAAGAAGCGUUCGCCCUGCGCCCGCGGCGUGGGCACCACUGUCACCCUGUCCAAUCUCUUUUCCACCUUGCCUGUACGUCGUCGUGACUUCACGCGGAAUAUCAAGAAGGAGUUCACCAAGAUGUGUCAGAUCCUGCAGGCCUAUUGCCUGGUCACCAAGGGCGUGCGCAUCCUGUGCAGCAAUCAGACCCCCAAGGGAGCCAAGAAUGUGGUCCUGCAGACACAUGGCAGCCAGGAUGUGUUGGCCAAUAUCUCCGCGAUUUUUGGAGCACGCCAGGCUUCGGAUCUAGUGCCUCUAAAGUCACCCUUUGAGCAGGGUCAGCUGAGCGAAGCGGGGCUGCGAGCGGAUCUGAACUCCUCCGUAGAUGCAGCCGACACCACAACCUGCACGCAGUUCACCUCCGAGGAUGUGGAGCGCCUUAAUCAAGCGGAUUUCCAGCUGGAGGGCUACAUCUCCAGCUGCCGUCAUGGAGCAGGACGCUCCAGCAGAGACCGCCAGUUCUUCUUUGUCAACGCCAGACCCUGUGAUCCCAAGAAUAUAGCCAAGGUGAUGAACGAGAUGUACCAUCGCUAUAAUGUGCAGCAGCAGCCCUUCAUCUACCUCAACAUAGUCACUGCCCGCUCCGAUGUGGAUGUGAAUCUUACGCCCGACAAGCGCCAGUUGUUGAUCAACAACGAAAGGAUUCUGCUGUUGGCCCUUAAGAAAUCCCUGCUGGACACCUUUGGCCAAACGCCGGCUACGUUUCAGAUGCAAAAUACCACCAUUGUGAGCAUGCUGGAACCCAAAGUCAAGCCAAAAGAGGAGGAAAUCAAGAUGGAAGCGGAAAAGGAGGAAACGGAGAAAAUCAAGCUGCAGGAAGAGGAGGAUACGGUGCCCAUUAGCUCCUCGCAGCGGUUUAUGGACGUGCUUACUCAAUGGCGACGCACUGGCGAUACCCAGGGCAUAGCCCCACCAGCUCCUGCCAAGCGUCGUUGCAGCGAAACCGAACAAUUGGCCACAAGAUCCUUGAAAAUGCAAAAAAUUCAUAAUUUCCUUAGUCAAGAAUCGCCAAAAGAGCCAUCAGAGCAAUCAGGCGAAGAGAGUGAUGUGGAAAAGGUCAAGGAAAACAAAGAGCAGGCCAAACUAGAUGAUAGUUUUGUGAAUCUAAAGGAACUGGCAAAGGAGUCUGAGGCCUACGAUCUUCUGACGCAGCCUGUCGUGGCAGCUCGCAUUGAUUGCAAGGUCCUGACGCCAGUGAAAAGCCGCCGUAGCAUAGCGGAAUUCAAACCCGAAGUCAAGACCCUAACCAAACCAGAGUCCAAGAUGGAAGAUGCUACUAUUUCCUCCCAGAAAUCUGAAGAAACCGAGGGACCCAGCGACGACGACGACGAUGGCAUUGAGCUGCCCACCCGCAUAGAGUUCGACAAGGAGGAGGAAGUGGAAGAGGCAUCCGCCUCCAACUUCACCAGCAGUGAGCUCCACAUUACCUUGGAGGAGAUAGCUUCCUCCAUGAAAGCCCAAGAGCAGCAGCAGCGAGAACGACGGGCACGAGCCAAAUUGCAGCGCUUGCGCUUUAAAAGUGAGAUUAAUCCGAAUCAGAACAACAACGCAGAGGCGGAACUGCAGCGGGAAAUCGGUAAAGAGGACUUUGUACGCAUGGAAAUCAUUGGACAGUUCAAUCUGGGCUUCAUCAUUGUCAAGCUGGAGGAUGACCUGUUUAUUGUGGACCAGCAUGCCACCGAUGAGAAAUACAACUUUGAGACCCUGCAGCGCAGCACUCAGCUGGAGUAUCAGCGUUUGGCGGUGCCCCAAUCGCUGGACCUGACGGCAGUCAAUGAAAUGGUGCUAAUUGAUCAUCUCCCGGUGUUUGAGAAGAAUGGCUUCAAGUUUGAGAUCAAUCAGGAGGCUCCCCCAACUAAGAAGGUGCGUUUGCUGGGCAAACCGCAUAGCCGGCGCUGGGAAUUUGGCAAGGAGGACAUUGAUGAGCUCAUCUUUAUGCUGCAGGAUGCUCCCGAGGGCACAAUAUGUAGGCCAUCAAGGGUACGUGCCAUGUUUGCUUCGCGGGCAUGCCGGAAAUCUGUGAUGAUUGGCACGGCUCUGAAUAGAACCACAACCAUGAGGAGGCUUAUAACACAAAUGGGGGAAAUCGAUCAGCCUUGGAACUGCCCACAUGGACGUCCCACCAUGCGUCAUUUAAUUAAUAUCAGCAUGUUGAUGGACAACGAAGAAGAUGAGGAGGAGGUGCCCUCCAGUAACAUGGCCUAAAGUUUUCAAGUUAAAUAAAUAAUCAAAGAUUA